UUUCCAUCCCCGGGGGGUUCUUUUAUAUGUAUUUGACUUGGACCUCGAAUUAUUCCGUUCUCUACCUACACCACCAUCCGAGGUACGCGACUUAAGCUAAGCUACCUAAAGCCAUCACCACCCCUUCCUUCGUUUAGCUGUCACCAUGACACUCAACCUCGAGAGACAACUGACCUUUUAUGGCGCCUACCACCGUAACUCGGUCAACAUUGCCAUCCACAUGAUUUGCGUGCCUCUGAUAUUGUUCUCUGGCUUCGCCUUGGCUGCAAAUACAGGGACACUCAUUCCCCUACCUACAUACUUGACGGUACCCCAUCUCGACCUUAAUCUCGGCACCCUAGCAGCCUUUACGUGGGGUGGCCUCUACGUCCUUCUCGAGCCCGUUGCCGGAACUAUCCUCGCGUUCAUCUGCCUCGGGGCUGCCGCAGUCACGAACACCGCUGUCGCCGAAACCCCGGCCUUAACGAAUCAGGUCGCGCUUACGGUACACAUAGUAUGUUGGCUACUCCAAUUCCUCGGACACGGCGCGUUUGAAGGCCGAGCGCCUGCGCUAUUAGACAACCUGACCCAGGCCAUCUUUCUGGCGCCCCUUUUCGUCUGGCUCGAGUUCCUGUUCAAGUUCGGCUACAGGCGGGAACUACAAAGCCGCGUUUCGAAAGCAGUUCAAGUGGAAGUCGCUAAGUUUAAGGAACGAAAAGCCGGUGCGGCGAAGAAUGGAAAGGCUCAAUGAGCACGAGGACAGCAAACAGCAUGAGGCACAAAUUCAUGGUCGUGGUAGCUCUGAGGGCUAUAUGAGAAGGAAGGACAGCAGGCGUGUCCAAUACCGCCAUUUUGCACAUCCAAUAUGAGAUGUCGCCUAUGAUGAGGACUCCUAGGUUGGGAUGUUACCUAGAAGAGGUAUUCGGCGAACUACAGGGCGACGGCUUACGGUAGAAGCCGAUCGAGGAACAACACUGACACAUUGCGGUAGCGAUGGGAGUUUGAGCGGCAAGACUCCCCAGC